ACCUCUAUAUAUACCCCCUUGAUCUUGCUCUCUCUUGCUCAAUCCAUCCAUCUCACUGCCACCAAGCUAGCUAGGAUCAUCUAUACCAUCCAGGCCUCUCUCCAAAUCGAUCUCCUUGCUAGACAGGUAGCCAUCCUUUUUCUCUCUAGAGAGCAAAGGAGGAGCUGGUUGAUCGAUUUGGAUCAUGUCAGGGGUUUGGGUGUUCAAGAACGGGGUAGUUCGUCUGGUGGAGAACCCCGGGAGCGAGCGCACGUCGACGGUGCGGCGGAAGGCGCUGAUGCACACGCCGAGCGGGCAGAUGGUGUCGUCGUACUCGACGCUGGAGGCGAAGCUGACGGCGCUGGGGUGGGAGCGCUACUACGAGGACCCGGCGCUGUACCAGUUCCACAAGCGGGGGUGCCUCGACCUCAUCUCCCUCCCCAGGGACUUCAACCACUUCUCCUCCGUCCACAUGUACGACGUCGUCAUCAAGAACAGGGAGUCCUUCCGCGUCGUCGACGCCUAAACAUCGAUCCUCUUCCCAUGCGUGAGACGAUCGAUCGGUCUCGCGAGAUGAUCAGCUAGCUCUUAUUCGUUUGACUUCAUUUGGGCAUGCAGGGUUAUUGUUGGUCACCAGGGUGUUAUUUACUUGAUUGAUUGUGCUUAAUUUGGUUGGCAAGUGUUGUAGUAGUAGUCGACUGAGAGAGUGCAGACACAUGUGUGCGUAUGUGUGAGUACUAAGUAAUUGAUGACGACUUGUAGUGUGUGGCUGCAGAUAUAUAUGCCUAGGUUUUCAGUGUGGUGUGUAAGUAAAAUAUGUAGUGUGCUUGGGACUGUGUAAGAUCUACGCUCUCUGAUGUAAACUAGUGUUC